GUUGUUUGACUUGUUGACUUUUUUUAAUCCACAAAAGUGUUUUUUUUGGUAAUCCAGUGACGUCUUUGAUCUCUCUCCCGCCGACGACACAAGAACACCGUCCGGUUUACCGAUAAGUGUUUUGUGUGGUGUCUCACUGUGUCGAUCGAUUUGAAAUCAUCUCUCUUCGGCCAUGUCGUGGUCGAAAGCUUGUAGAGGAACUCGAAUUUCUUCAUAUUUAGAGAACCUUCAUCGAACAUCUCAGUCUCCGAGGACUAGUUUAUGCUCUCGUUAUUACACUCAUGGAGCUUGUAAAGGUAAUGAGCAUUAUCUCCGAAGCAAAAGAGUAUUUUGGGGAAGUUCUUCUUCAUGGAGCUUGAAUUCUCACUCUGCUACUGCUAAAUCAAUGUUAGUUAGUGCCCAUCGCCAGUAUUCUACGCAAUCUCCAACAGAAACCAAAUCACAGAAAAUGCUCUAUUACCUCACCGCUGUUGUCUUUGGUAUGGUGGGGCUGACUUACGCUGCUGUGCCAUUGUAUAGAACAUUCUGCCAAGCUACUGGAUAUGGAGGUACUGUUCAACGCAAAGAGACUGUUGAGGAGAAGAUUGCUAGGCAUUCAGAAUCUGGUACCGUCACUGAAAGGGAGAUUGUCGUGCAGUUCAAUGCUGAUGUUGCAGAUGGGAUGCAAUGGAAGUUCACUCCAACACAAAGAGAGGUUAGAGUAAAGCCAGGAGAAAGUGCACUUGCUUUUUACACUGCUGAAAACAAAAGUUCAGCUCCAAUAACCGGAGUCUCGACAUACAAUGUCACUCCCAUGAAGGCAGGAGUUUAUUUCAACAAGAUACAAUGUUUUUGCUUUGAGGAGCAGCGACUCCUUCCCGGAGAGCAAAUCGACAUGCCGGUCUUCUUCUACAUUGAUCCUGAGUUUGAGACUGAUCCAAGAAUGGACGGAAUCAACAACUUGAUAUUGUCUUACACUUUCUUCAAAGUGUCAGAGGAAAAUACUACAGAUACGGUCAACAAUAGCAGCUCUGUUCCAGUUCAAGAAACCAAAUAAAAAGUGUCUAUUUUUUAAGAGAAUAUAAUGAGCUUGUGACACACAACCUGAGUCUCCCUUAGAUUCAAUAAUCAAUUUCCAUUUUGGGAAAAUUGUUUGUUAUUAUUUGUUCAGAACCCACGGAACAGAAAGAAACAAGUGGAAUGUUG